AUGUUUAGAUCAUCGCCAAGAAGAGGACAGAGAUCAAAGGGGUUCAAGGUGAAGCACUGUGUGCAGCUGACUCUGUUGAUUGGUGUUGGGAUAUGGUUGCUUUAUCAAGUGAAGCAUUCUCAUGAGAAGAAAGCUUUGUUUGAGACGAGCGCAAAGGCUGUUGUUGGUGGUGAGAAAGCUGUGAAGCUUGGGAGGAAAGAUCUUAACCCGGGCGUUGUCGUUGAGGAUGAAGCUGUGAAUGUUGAUAGGGGUUUUAAUGAUAGAGAGAUUGAGACAAGAGAUGAUAAGAGCGAUGAAGUUGUGGAGGGAGGAGGUGAUGAGAAUAAUGAGAAGGAGAGUGAAGAAAGCAGCGAGGUUGAGGCUAAGAAUGACAAUGGUACCGGUACAGAAGAAAGUGAGGAGAGUAAAGAGAAGACAGAAAAUGGAACUGGUUCAGAAGAAAGCGAGACUGAGGAGAAGAAAGACAAUGCCAAUACAGAAGAGAAUGAGAUUGAGGAGAAUAAGGACAAUGGUGGUGGUACAGAAGAAAGUGAAGAGAAGAGUGGUACUACAGAAGAAAGUGAAACUGAGGAGAAGAAAGACAAUGGUGGUACAGAAGAGAGGGAGAUUGAGGAGAAGAAAGACAAUGGGGGUAGUGAAGAGAAUGAGGAGAGCAAAGAGAAGGGUGGUGGAGAAGAGAAAAUAGAGGAAGUGAGUGAUGAGAAUGAAGGGAAGGAGAAGAAGGAUAGUGAAGAAGCAAGAGAGAAUAAUUACAAAGGAGAUGAUGCUUCUAGUGAGGUGGUUCAUGAGAAGGCAGAUGAGAAGGUGCAAGUGGAGGAAGACAAGACCGGAGAACCGGAAGACACUGUUAUCAAGAGUGUUUUGCCGUCUGAUAAUGAGGGAAGCAGCAGUGAUGAGAAGAACACUGGUAAUGAUUCGGAUUCCUCUAGUGAGAUUAAAUCUGAGGGUGAAUCCAUGGAGAAGAAUGAGAGGGUGGAGAAGGAAGGGUUUAAUGAUUCUAAUGGCGACCUGACUGAGUCCAAAGAAUCUUCUAGGAAGGAGGAUGGGUCAGGGUCUAGUGUGAAGACAGAUGAGAAAGAGAAAGUAGAAUCUUCUGAAGUCUCAUCUCAAGACAAGGAAACGGAGACAAAGGAGAAAGAUGAGUCUUUGUCCCAAGAGGAACUUAAAGAUAGAGUAGCUGAAACUAAGGAGAAAGAAGAAUCUUUGUCCCAAGAGGAAAUUAAAAAUAGAUUAGCUGAGACUAAGGAGAAAGAUGAGUCUGAGGAAACUAAAGACAAAGAGACGGAGGAGACAAAGGAGAAAGAAGAGUCUUCUUCUCAAGAGGAAACUAAAGAUGGAGAAACCGAGACCAAAGCUAAGGAAGAGUCUUCGUCUCAAGAGGAAACUAAAGAUGGAGAAACUGAGACAAAGGAGAAAGUAGAAGAGUCUUUGUCUCAACAGGAACCUAAAGACAAGGAAAUUGAGACAAAGGAGAAAGUAGAAGAGUCUAAAGAUGGAGAAACUGAGACAAAGGAGAAGGAAGAUUCUUCGUCUCAAGGUGAAUCUAAAGAUGGAGAAACUGAGACAAAGGAGAAGGAAGAGUCUUCUUCUCAAGAGGAAUCUAAAGACAAGGAAGCUGAGACAAAGGAGAAAGUAGAAGAGUCUUCGUCCCAAGAGAAAAGUGAUGAAGACAAGGGAAGUGAAAAAGUUGAGAAAGAAGAGGAGUCUUCGUCCCAAGAGGAAAGUAAAGACAAAGAAACUGAGACAAAAGCGAAAGAAGAAGAGUCUUUGUCCCAAGAGAAGAAGGAAGACAAUGAAACCGAGAAAACUGUGAAGGAGGAUGAAUCUUCUUCUCGAGAGGAAACCAAAGACAAGGAUUCUGAAACAAAGUUGAAAGAAGAGUCUUCUUCCCAAGAGGAAACUGAGACAAAGGAGAAAGAAGAUCCUUCUUCUCAAGAUGAAACCAAAGAGAAAGAAGUGGAGACAAAGGAGAAAGAAGAAGAGUCUUCAACCAACAAUGAUUCACAGGGAAAUGAAAGUACCGAGAGUGAGAAGAAGGAAGCAGUUGAGGAAAUAGAGAAGAAGAAGACUGAGGAAGACACGAGUGAAUCUAGCACAGAAAAUAGCAAUACUGAGACUGAACAAAAGCAACCAGAGGAGGAUACUACACAAAAAGAGACAGAGAAAGAGGAAAGCAACAAGAAUGGUGGUGAGACAGAGGUGGUGGUGACUGAGAACGAUCAGCAACAUUCUGACAAUAGUCUUCCUCAAGAAGUAAAAGAUGUUCGUACUGAUCUUGAAACUCUUCCAGAUUCUGGUAAUGGAGGAAACAGUGAUAACGUUGCUGCUGAGUAGAUCAAAAUCUCUCUCAUUGAUAUGUUGUUUAGUAGAGAUUUUUGAAUUUGUGUCAUGUAAUCUGUUGUAACCUUUCUUUUACACAUGGGCUGUAGUCACAUUUAUUUUAUUGUUUUCUAAGUUGUCUUUAGAAUCAAAUUCUUGAGACUUCAUUAUCAAUGGGGAUUAAACGUUUUUGUUGUAAGAAGAAUUUGUUGGAUCUUUGUUUUGUGUCUAUGGCCAAGUCAGUCUAUGGUGUUGUCUU